AUCCCCUCUCUCUCCUCCCCCCCCUCUUCUCUUCUAUGAGGGGCGAUCGCUCUCCAAUCUCCAAUCGUUGCGAUUCUAGGUGGGAUUGGUAAUGCUGGGGUUGUUACUGUAGGGUUAGUGGAGGAAGAUGAGCCCGAAAGGGGGCGGGGAGGCGAUCAGGCCGCUGCGGACUAGCGAUAGGCUCCGGCAGCGGCCCAAGUACUUCGGAAGGGCUUAUCUUUACUACAAGCCGGUGAUGAGGAAGAAGGUGAAGGCGAAGAGGAGGACCUCCGCGUCACAGAUUGCCAAGAAGCUGCUGCGGCCGAGGAACACGCCGGCACAGACUCCCCCUUCUGAUUCUGUUGCUGCCAACCUUCGGCGAUCAACAAGAAAACGAAAGGUUUCUGUAACUUUAGAAGACUAUGGAACAGACAGCUCCGGAACGGAAGAUGAUGAUCUAAUGACACCCAGAUAUCGUUCUACCAGAAACAAAAUGGAAAAUAAUGUGAGUCAUGAUGAAGCAUCACCAGUGAGUAAAAAGGUUGCUAAUUCAAAAUCUCUCCCGCGCCGUGAGGGCUUACGACCUAGGCGAUCAUUGAGGGGGCAAAGGAUAUUACCAUAUCAAGAAUCUGAUGAUGAUGAGCAGGAAAGCUCCGAAGCACAGGCUGCAAGAGACAAAACAGGUAAUGGCAACGAUGCAGAGGAGGAUGGUGGAAACGAAGAUGAGGGCGGAGAAGAUGAAGCAGAGGAAGAAGACGGGGAUGACGAAGAGGGUGAAGAAGAGCAAGAAGGAAAGAGGCGGUAUGACUUACGAAACCGUCAGGAAGUUCGCAGACUCUCUCCGGAGAAGGAGGGAAAGCAGAGGCAACGGUCUCCUCGUAGAGUGCUGCACCAUGGAAUGGGUCCCAAGAACAGCAAGUAUUUUAAAAAGGGAGGAUCGAGAGUACAUAAGCGCCCUCGUUUUGCAAUACCGGAUGAUUCAGAUGAUUCUCUUCUUGUGGAUGAGAUGGACCAAGGUCCCAGUAUUCCAUGGGCCCGAAGUGGAAGUAGAAGUGGGAUGCCAUGGUUUUUGGGUGGUUUAGACAUGCAUAGUACGACAGCUUGGGGCCUGAAUGUUGCUGCAUCGGGGUGGGGCCACCAAGGUGAGAAUAUUGCUUCGCUGACCGCAAGCAUUCAAACUGCUGGGCCCAGUUCGAAGGGAGGGGCGGAUAUUCAGCCAUUACAGGUGGAUGAUAGCGUGAGUUUUGACGACAUAGGUGGGCUUUCAGAGUACAUUGAUGCUUUAAAGGAAAUGGUCUUCUUCCCUCUAUUAUAUCCUGACUUCUUCGCAAAAUAUCACAUCACCCCUCCAAGGGGCGUACUACUUUGUGGUCCUCCUGGUACAGGAAAAACGCUGAUUGCUAGAGCAUUGGCCUGCGCUGCCUCUAAGGCUGGCCAAAAAGUCAGCUUUUACAUGCGCAAGGGAGCUGAUGUUCUCAGUAAAUGGGUUGGUGAGGCAGAGAGACAGCUUAAGUUGCUUUUUGAAGAAGCUCAAAGAAAUCAGCCGUCUAUUAUCUUUUUUGACGAGAUUGAUGGACUUGCCCCUGUUAGAUCUAGCAAGCAAGAGCAGAUUCACAAUUCUAUCGUCUCGACUUUACUUGCCUUGAUGGAUGGCCUUGAUUCUCGUGGGCAAGUUGUUUUAAUAGGAGCUACCAAUAGAAUUGAUGCUAUUGAUGGAGCAUUACGCCGUCCUGGCCGGUUUGAUCGUGAAUUUAAUUUUCCUCUACCUGGUUAUGAAGCACGUGCUCAGAUAUUAGAUAUUCAUACACGCAAAUGGAAGGACCCUCCUUCUAAAGAGCUAAAGUUGGAGCUAGCUGCUAGUUGUGUGGGAUAUUGUGGUGCUGAUCUCAAAGCUCUAUGCACAGAAGCUGCGAUAAGGGCAUUCCGCGAGAAGUAUCCUCAGGUGUACACUAGCGAUGAUAAGUUCAUCAUAGAUGUCGACUCUGUGAAGGUAGAGAAAUAUCACUUUGUAGAAGCCAUGUCGACAAUAACACCUGCUGCACAUCGGGGAGCAGUUGUGCAUUCCAGGCCGCUGUCGGCAAUUAUUGCUCCAUGUUUACAGAGACAUCUCGAUAGAUUAAUGGAUCGUGUAUCUGAUAUUUUCCCUUACCUGUCAUCUUUAGAACUUUGCAAGUUUUCUGUUUCGUCCUUUGGUUCUGCUCUUCCUCUAGUUUAUAGACCUCGCCUUCUUAUAUGUGGUGAUGAGAGUGUUGGGCUGGACCAUCUUGGACCUGCUGUCUUGCAUGAAUUGGAGAAAUUUCCUGUUCAUUCACUGGGCCUUCCAUCUCUCCUUUCUGAUCCAAGCGCAAAGACUCCAGAGGAAGCUUUAGUGCAUAUAUUUGGUGAAGCAAGAAGAACCACCCCUUCUAUUCUUUACUUACCUCAAUUCCAUCUUUGGUGGGAGACUGCACAUGAGCAGCUUAAGGCCGUCUUGCUCACUCUGUUGGAGGAAUUACCAUCAAAUCUCCCUAUAUUACUAUUAGGAACGUCUUCUCUACCUUUUGACAAGCUAGAUGAUGAGUCCGCUUCCAUUCUUGCUUUCCGUAAUGUGUAUCAAGUCGAUCAGCCAACCGCAGAUGACAAGUCCAAAUUUUUUGAUCUUUUUCUCCAAGCCAUUUUAUUUCUCCAGAUGGAGGACUCGACAAGCAAAUCAAAAGAACCAAAAUCAUUAGCAGAACUUCCUAAAGCACCAAAGGAAGUGAGUGGUCCAAAAGCUUCCGAAUUAAAGGCUAAGGCAGAAGCUGAGCAACAUGCCCUUCGUCGGUUGAGAAUGUGUCUCCGAGAUGUUUGCAACCGGGUUCUCUAUGAUAAGAGAUUCAGCAUGUUUCAUUUCCCAGUCAUGGAAGAGGAAGUGCCAGACUAUCGAUCAAUUAUUCACAACCCAAUGGAUGUAGCUACCGUUUUGCAGCGUGUGGACUGUGGGCAAUAUCUCACUCGUGCAGCAUUUAUGAAAGACGUUGACCUUAUUGUGUCCAAUGCUAAGGCUUAUAAUGGAGACGACUACAACGGGACUAGGAUUGUUAGCAGAGCUUGUGAGCUUCGAGACGUGGUGCUAGGUAUGUUGUCACAAAUGGACCCAGCUCUGGCAACAUUUUGUGACAAGAUUGCGGCACAGGGGGGACCGGUUCAGGUGGAAGAUGAUGAUGACAGCUUGCUUCUGCCAGCAGCACCGGUUGUUCAACUGGCUUCUGUUCCUAGAACAAGUGCUCGGCUUCGUAAUGUUCCACCAGAGGUGAACUUGUCGCAGAGUUACGAAGCAUUAAAGAGGCAAAAGAAAAAUGUUGAAAAUGAUCUAGCAGGCUUGGGGAGAGACGAUAGAGCUGCUACUGCUACCGCUACCGAUCAAGAUUUAUCAAAGCCAAAUUAUUCCCAAGCAGGGUUAAGCAUAGAAACCGAUUCAAACGGUUCUUUAGAAAGACCGGAAAACCCCACAGACAUCGAACUCCCAGAAUCACCCGGAAUGGCUUCUGCACCCCCGGUCACCAAUGGAUCCGAAGAAUCUGCAGCAGCAGCUAAUCCCGAGAUUUCCGAGCAAAUCGCUUCCGUGAAGCGACGGCUUAUGGAACGCACCGAAGGUUACGGUGUCCCCCAGCUCGAGAGGCUGUAUGCGCGAGUGUUCAAAGGCGUGAUGGCAUCGAGAAGUAGACAACAAAGUAGAGCGGAGGAUGAUAAGCUAUCAACUGUGAAGCAUCUCUUGACAUUUGUUGAGGAUGAUGAUAAUUUUUGACAAUAAUAAUAAAUUUGUUUUUUCCUUUUUUUUUUUUUA